ACAACCCUAUGGGCCUUCAUUGCCUGGUACAGGGAUAGCUUUACUUUACUUUUACCAGUCUUGAAAUUCCCUUUUCAGCAUCACCUUGUAACCUUAUUACACUUGCGGGUUCACAGUUCAAUGAUAUGUAUGGACAUAUGACUUCAUCUAUGGUCUUUCCAUCUCUUCAUUGUUGUAACAUCUGAGUAUAUUAUCAGUGUAGCAAGAUGGCUGAAGUGGUAAAUCUUCAGGCUUUUAUUUGAGAGGUUCUCAGCUUGAAUAUUGGACAAACCAUCAACUCUCCUCACUGGGGUUUUUCAUUGUGUCCUCAGUCUGUCAAGGCAAGUACUACAGUACCUGAAAUUAGGCCAUGACUGCUCCAUUCCAAAUCCUUUCCAACUUAUUACUCAUUAAUUAUCCAACCAUCAUCGUUGACAUUACAGCCCUUUUGAUUCAUAGCCUUCCUUAGAGGAUUCUGCCAGACAGCAUCUGGUUUUCACUUCUUUAGAUUUCUCAACAAUAGUUAUCUUAUAGAGCAAGGACAUCAGCCUUUUUGCCCCUCAGUGACUGGGUGGCCCAAUUAUAUCCCCAGGCACUGGGUUCCCUUUUUGUUGCUUUCCAUGACUCAGAACUAUGGUGAAGGUAUUUUAACCUGCCUCCACAUGGAGAAGUCAUCCAUCCAAUUAACACUAUAUGGUCUGAGCUACUGACGGCUUUGUUAAAUAAACCAUACAGACAUGCACACACAUACUAUCAAGCUUAUGCUUCUCAGGCAUUUCAGUUGUUUUGCUACUUGUGAAUACACUGGCUUCGGGUCUUAAAAGUAUUGCUUUUGCCCUUGUAUUAUUUUUAUCAUCAAAUGUCUUGCUCUAACUUACAACUGAUUCCGUCAGUAAUUUGUAUAAUUUUGGAGUCAAGAUAGCUCAUUUGGUAGAAUAACUAGGGCAUAGGCUGGACAGCCGAUGAGUUGCAGUUCAAGGUAGUUUUCUCUUCCCCACAGUCCCCAGUCCGGUUCUGGGGUUCAUCCGGACUCCUAUCCAAUGGCUAUCACAGUUUCCUUCCCCAGUGACAAAGCGGCCGGGGCGUCAAGCUGACCACUUACAUCUCGUGCAGACCUAAAAAUAGGGUGUUAUACCUACGUCUUCAUGGCGUGAAACUUAAUUAAUUAAGAACAGGGAUCUUCACUUCUUGCUGCAAAAUUAUUUCCGUCCGGGUAACUUGCUUAUUCAUGUCUACUUCCAGUACAACACCGACGUUAUUCACAUGCACACCUGUUAAAACAGACAUCGGGUGUACGUAAUUGUUAUUCUGCAAACGAGCACGUCGUGUUUCCCUGUUGACGAAUGGAUGAUUCACCGUUCAAAGAUUUGUUGAAGGUCUCGUUGAUUCACCACCAUUCACGCAUGUAUUACGGGAGAGCUCAGGAGUGAGCAGGUAAACGAAGUGCACGAAACAAUACAUUCACCCAUACAACGAUAUAUGAUUAACAUAAAACUGAGAGAACCCAUAUUCAUUCAUUUGAUGAAGCUAGCAAUGGUACGAAAUGACACAACAAUAGCAACAAUGUAAUAUAAUUCUGAAACAACAAUAUUAUCAUGUUCAAACUUGUUACCAAGUUGUUACUCUCAAAGGGUAGUCCAUACAGGAUCAUGAUGAUGAAUAAAGAGGACAACAUUUGUUGGUUUCAUGGAAAAGUGUCACGAGAAGUAGCAGAACAAAUAUUGACAAACGAUGGCGGAAAUGAGGACGGAGCUUUCCUGGUUCGGGAAAGCAACACGGCUGUUGGAGAUUAUGUGCUCUCUGUCCUCCAUGAGGGAGAAGUUGUUCAUUAUCAGAUACGACGACAUGGAGAGGAUGCCUUUUUUUCCAUAGAUGAACAUACCAUAAUUCAUGGCUUGGAGACGUUAAUUGAAUACUAUCAGGAAGCGGCCCAUGGUUUGGUCACUAAGCUGACUAAGGUCUGUAAGAAAGAUCUCCCACCACAUGAUUCCCGUAGACAUGGACGUACAAACCUUUUGCACAGAGCCACAAAGGAAGGAAACUACACAGUAGUAUCAGAGUUACUGAAGUGUGGGUAUCGCAGUCUGGAAGCAAAGAACCAAGAAGGGCAGACAGCUGUCCACUUGGCAAGUCGCAUGGGCAAAGAUGACAUCCUCAAGAAAUUAAUCGAGAGCGGAGCGAACAUUAACUGUCGCGAUACAGCAGGAUACACACCACUGCACUAUGCGUGUCAAAGCAACUUACCCAGCACGGUCCGGAUAUUGGUGCAGAUAGGAUUUGCCAAUAUUCAGGCUCGCAACUCGGAUACAGGUUGGGUUCCACUUCAUGAGGCUGCAAGUAGAGGCCACAAGGAGGUUGUACGAGUUCUGCUGUCCUUAAAUGCACCCGUCAACCCAAGGACAAUAGCAAAUGACACACCAGCAGAUUUAGCUAUGAGGAAUGGUUACCAGGACUGUGCAAGGAUUCUCCGAAAUUACAAAUGUCCAGUGCCAAAAACACAGAAGAAAGAUUGGUAUCAUGGUACAUUGGAUAGGAAUGAAGCAGUGAACAUGUUAAAGGAGCUCGGGAACAAGGAUGGAACAUUCCUUGUCCGAUACAGUGAUCGUAAUGGUGGAAUGUACGUGCUGACAACCAUCUAUUGUGGCCAGCCAUACCAUUUUCAAAUCAAGACACAGGGCGAUUAUUUCUUUAUUGAUGAUGGUCCUUAUUUGGAUUCAUUGCAACAUGUGAUUGAACACUAUAGCCUAAUGUCGGAUGGUCUGCCUACAACACUGCAGAUUCCAGUUCCUCCCAUGCCCAAACCCCCAGUGCCUGAGAUGCCUCCCUCGUUACUGCUUAAUGGGUUGUCAGCCACAUUACCUCAUCGAAAGCCAUUGAAACGCUCACCAAACAGAAGUCACGGAGUGUCACCAUCAUCAAGCGCAGGGGCAUCGCCUGUUCACAGUCGUCGUGGCUCGCUGACUGUUAAUAGCAGUAAUAGUAAUACUACUGUUGGUUUAUCUGUACCAGCGGUGCCGGCGCUACCGUCCCCUCUCCCAGGUCCAAUUGACAGGAGUCAUAAUGUGGAAACUGUGACACCAGUUCUAAUAAAGCAAGAACCAAAACAUAAUGAAUUUAUACCUCAGGAUAGUCUAACUUUGGGUGCAGUUCUUGGUGAAGGAGAAUUUGGGUCUGUCUACAGAGGAACAUAUCAGAAUCCAGAUGGUACAAUGAUGGAUGUAGCCAUCAAAACUCUACACCAAGAGCAUGUAGCAGCUAACCGUGAUGAAUUUCUGCGGGAGGCUAAAGUUAUGAUAGGACUGAACCAUCAUUGUGUAGUGAGGUUAAUAGGAGUCUCAAAAGGACCUCCUUUGCUUAUGGUUCAAGAACUGGUUCCUUUGGGUUCAAUGUUGGCUUACUUGUUGGAAUUCCCUGACCGAGUAAAUCCAAACUAUGAACUGAAAGUCUGGGCAUCACAAAUUGCAUGUGGCAUGAAGUACCUGGAAGAGGAGAGGUUUGUUCACCGUGACUUGGCCGCUAGGAAUAUCCUCCUUGCAUCCAGACAUCAGGCCAAGAUUAGUGACUUUGGUCUGUCUCGGGCUCUCGGAAAUGACCGUGAUUACUACAAAGCCACUCAGGGAGGGCGUUGGCCCAUCAAAUGGUAUGCCCCAGAGUCAUAUAAUUUUGGAACAUUCUCUCAUGCAAGCGAUGUAUGGAGUUUUGGAGUAACGUUAUGGGAAAUGUUUUCAUUUGGGCAGCAGCCUUACGGAGAAAUGAGAGGUGCGGAGGUCAUACAAUUGGUGGAAAAGGGAGAGCGUUUGAGACAAACAGAACAUUGCCCAAACAGCGUUUAUAGGAUAAUGGAACGAUGCUGGGCUUAUCAACCACGUGACAGGCCAACCUUCAGUGAACUACUUGAAAUAUUCUCAACAGAUCCCGAAUACACAAACAUCAAAGAAUUGGUACCUGUAAUUAAUAUCAGUUAGCACAUAUCAGAACAGAUAGGAGUAGUUUGAAGCGGUAGGAAGUUCUGAUUGGUUAUCUCCAUCAAUGAAGUGAUUGGGUAAGGGCUAUAUGCCCUGAGUUUGAUACCUUGCGAAGGCGAGUGGUGACUGAAUUACAGUUAAACCCCCAUCUAAGAUUUCUUUAGGGGGGGGAGCAGUGGAUUUGAACAUAAAAUUGACGAAAAUCUUAAAUUGAUCUAAUUUAACGCUGCUGUUUUUUUUCUACUUUGGAUUGAUAAAAAUUUAAUGUUAGAAGAGGAACGUUAAAUGGGGGUUCCACUGUAUUAUGAAUUGAAUUUAAACUGCAAUCUGUAUUUCAGGAACCAAACGAAAAGAAAUAAAUUCACCGAUGUGCCAGUUUCUAUGUCAUUAGAAUAGUGUAAUUUUUACUGUACAUUAUGUGCCUUAAUCAUUUUCAUAUGCUAUGAUUUGCGAGAUAUUUCUCUUCAUUUGCCAUUGAAACUGUUUUAUGUUGUAGAUAAUUUGUUAGGUAAUUUAAUGCAGUGCUCAAAUUGGAUGUGCCAUGAUGUUUCCAGUUUAAAAUACCAUCACCAAAUUUUUUCUUUUGAGUUAGUAACGCUCCUGCUACGUUACAACAUUAUUAUUUUGGAUAUUGUGAAUUAUCUAAGGUAUAUUUGAUGUUCAGGGGUUGGCUGUCCUCCUCUCUUCCAAGUGAUUGUGUAAUAAAAGAGUUAUUUUUGGUAUAUUAUAGAAAUGAAGAAAAUAUAUUGAUAUGUUUUUGCAGUUACAUGAGCUCGGAGUAAAAACAUGGGUUAGUCAGAGUUAGUAACGGCUGUUUUCUGUGUGAAUAAUAUGCACAAUAUGAUCUAUUUAGAAUGGCUUUGGGCAAACUGUAUUGCACAAGGACAAAUAUGAAGAUCUGAAAGCCUGUCCAGUUCAUAAGUCAAGUGGUGAGGGCAUUUAUGUUUUAAACUUAUAUUUUAUGUUCCCAAUUAGAAGCCUGGUGUUGCUUCUUCAUCAUCAGUGUCUCAAUGUUUAUGUAAAUGUUAAUGUUUUUAGAUUUGAGGCUUUCACGGC